GAGGAGGCGAUGAGAGAAAAGAGAGACAGAUGCAAAAUAUAUCGGUUGUUUUGUAGCAGACUAAAGAAAGAGCAGCUAUUAACUCACGACUGGAUUUGUUGUCCGGGAGCCCAUACGUCCAAACCUAUUUGAUGUCAGACGUGAUUCCAAAACUAUACGUCAAGUGACAUUUGGAAAGUACGCGGCCACAGAAUCUAAAUUGUAUGUCUAAGGUGCUAACUGUUAGCUGACAGGCUAGCUAGCAUAGCCACUGAAGCAAUGGCGUUGAAAAGAAUUCAGAAGGAACUGUCUGACCUGCAGAGAGACCCUCCUGCCCAGUGCUCUGCUGGACCCGUUGGAGAGGAUUUGUUUCAUUGGCAGGCAACAAUAAUGGGUCCAAGUGACAGCCCAUAUCAGAGUGGAGUGUUUUUCCUCACCAUUCAUUUUCCAACAGAUUAUCCCUUCAAACCACCAAAAGUUGCAUUCACAACAAAAAUUUACCACCCAAAUAUCAACAGCAAUGGAAGUAUUUGUCUGGACAUACUGAGGUCACAGUGGUCACCUGCGCUUACAGUGUCAAAAGUAUUAUUGUCUAUCUGCUCUCUUCUUUGUGAUCCAAAUCCCGAUGACCCUCUGGUCCCAGAGAUUGCCCAUACGUACAAAGCUGACAGAGAAAAGUACAACAAGUUAGCAAGAGAAUGGACACAGAAGUAUGCAAUGUGAGAGCAGCGGGGAAAUUAAAAUACAAAUGAGAACAAAAGAACCACAAAGGAUUUGUAACUUGAGGCAAAUGAGCGACUGAAGAGAAAACAAACAAAAACAACAACCCACAUUAUGGAAAGGAGUUGAUACAAUGAGGUACAGUGCUGCUUGGCUUUCCGUGUGCUGAGCUGCUACCAUGUGCUGUCCUUCAUGACUUGUAUGGAUCUACAGAGGAGGACCUGAUGGACUUCUUUACACACUCCCAUAUGGAAUACUGGAAUUUCUUUACAGUCCCUGAUGCCACAUCGGACUGUAAACCAUUAUCCCUGCUUUUGCUGUCAUUGUCAUUGUUGCUAUUCGUACACUUAAUUCUUUUUCAUUUUCAAUGAGUCAUGAUAUUUUGUUGCAAAAAUGCUAAACAUUUGGUUUAAGAGGACAUGAUCUCCGUUCAUUUUCAGAGGUACUAUCUGUGCCCCACUGGAUGUUUUAUUACUGUACUUCCAUGUAUUUAGUGGCCUUUCUGUGUUUUGUUUUUAGUUUGUGUGCAAUUGUCAGAAUGUUCCCUGAUGAAAACAAAACGACACAGUGCCAUCACCAGCAGAAUAUCUGUUGGCACUAACUGUCUCUACCCCGAAACAAUGUGAAAUGCUUUUUUUUUUAAAGGACAGGUCUUUAUUAUCCACUGUAAAUGAAAUUCAAGCAGUAUUAUGACAGUUUGGAGGACACUGGAGAGCUGCUGUUUAGAGCCGGUGGGCUCAGACUCCAUUUGGUGAAUGUUCAUUUCCCGUGUUUUUUUUUUCCUCCCCACACAUACUGUCAUUGGCCUUUAUUAAUAAUGAUCACUCGUGUACACAAAAUACUACUGUCAUUUAUUUGUGUUGUGUAGCUAUAAACACAGCUACUCUUUGGCAUCAAGUGUAGCUGCUUGCCAUCUCAGUACAGUUUCUCAGGUACCCAACCACAUUAACAAUCCACAGUGAGAAAAACAACCAUGCCGUGCAUCGUCUGCUCUCAAAAUAGUUUUAUUUCUGUUCAUCGAAAAAUAACAGUUUUCUGAAGAGACGAGGUGUUGAGUACAUGCUGUGUAAAAGUACUGUUCCUUUUUUUAUCUUUAGGUCUUUUCGUUAUUUUUACUGAACUCAAGCAUUUAAACAAAAUCUUUUAAAAGUCAUUGUGAGAUUUACACGCUGUCAUCAUCCUGUAGUGAAAUGGCUUUUGUCUUCAGGUGUCAUCUCUUGUACUGAAAACCAGAACUUGAACAGAACGGACAUUUUGCAAAAGCUCGUCAUGAGCACGGGGUUAUUUAGGUUUCAAAAGCUUGCCGUGGCCAUUUAAUUUGCUUUACAGAACAAGUGAAUUUGUUAUGUUCAUGUUCCUUGGUGGGUCUGCAAACUAAUUUUAUUUUGGAAUUAACACUUGACAGUAAAACAUUUUUUUGUCGGUUUCAUCUGUGACUGUGUAUUUUUGAAAACUUUAGUUUUAGGCUUUUAUUCUCCCCACCUCUUCCAUUUGUGUAACAAACAUUGAAUAUGAUUGUAAAAUUUCCUAAUGUCAUAUAUAAUAUUUUGUUGUGACUACAGGAAAAUGUUAGAGGUUCUUUGUGAAACGGUGUCUCGCUGUGCUGAUGCUGCCAAUAUAAAGGGGAAAAUCACAUAAGGGGAACAAAAUUCUAACAGAGGCAUUAUUAAAUUCAAUUAUCUAAAAUUAUACUUAGUUUAGCGUGAUGGAUUUUAGAAACUUUAGCAUUAACUUUGAUGUUUAUCUUUUAGAUUAUAUUACAUUUAAUCCAGACCUGCGUUCUUUGGUUUCUUCAUUGGAAAUAUUUGCACAUCUUCCAACAAUGACGCAGCCUCAAUCAUUUUGAGUGAUGCAACAGUGACGUCCCUUGUUCAGUGUGCUCAACAGUUUAUUUAGGCAGCUCGGCAUGCUUUGCACUCUGGAGAACCUUCUCGCAGCCAUUUCCAGAUAUCAGGGAUUUUAUCACAUUUCAUCUGCUUAACCUCAAACUAAAAUCCUAGCCUUAACCCUCAUUUUGUAUGUCAUUGAGUGUUACUUCGCUGUCAUGACGGUAACCCUUAUUUGGGUUAUUCACUUUAGUAACGGACACAGAAACCCGCUUGAACGGCACCAAUAUGUUUGGCUUUGAGGAAUGAAGAACCAGCCUUCGUACAUCCUAAAAAAUAAUAAUGUAGAGUAAAUGUGCUUCAUCUGCCAUCAUGAACCUAAACAAGAUAACUUAUGACCUUGUUAUAACAUGAGAAUAAAGCUCAUCUUGGUUUA